AAGAGCGGUAGGUAACAGAAGCGGCAUGGUGCGAGAGGGAGGAGAUGAAACCGUUGAACGUGGCGACAAGUCAUGCGGCAACGGAUACAACAGCUGUCUGUCGAAUGAGUCCAACCAGUUGACGUCUCCUUCCUUCCUCGUGUAGUCGAGUGCAUCCGCAUCUACCGCUUAGAUUUGAACCACACGUGAGGGGUGAAGGGAACAAGAGAAGUGAGAUGAGAUGCUUGUGAAGUCGUUGAAGACUCAGCUAUGGAACAGAUGUUUGUCACUGUCUGAAAGAGCUUGUGUUUAUGUGUCUCGAAGCGUUUCACCUGACUGAGUUUUUGUCCUAAGAUAGGCAUUCAGGGAUUAGACUUGGUUUGGACUGAGGCAACAUGCAGAAUCAGCAACUUGAGACGUAUUAGCGACAGGGCUUCUGUGUGAUGAUUCUCGAAGAGAUGAUGAUGAUGGAGAGCAACCUCGCGUCUGUUUGAAUCAAGCUCAUUGGAAUUAGUCCACCAUGGAAAACAGAGCGCGAGUCUUCAUCAGAGUCCGUCCAAGAGUGUCACUGGAGGAGGAUACUUUCUACAGCAUCAAGAUUGAUUCCCGCAGGAGCAUCUCGUUAUCCCUUUCAGAUGAAUGCAUGUCGCAUGCUGAGGACGAAAGGCAUGUCAGCGUUGCCUUUGAAUUCGACGGAGUCUUGUCGGAAGAAGCGUCUCAGAUCGAUGUGUUUGAACAGACCGGCAAGGAAGUAAGUGAGAAAGCUCUCACGGGAAUGAAUGCCACAAUCCUCGCCUAUGGACCCACUGCAAGCGGAAAGACUUACACUAUGGUCGGCAAACCAGGGGAGGCAUCGUGCGAAGAUGGCCUUUGCUUGCGAGUGAUCAAAAACGUGUUCGAACAAGCCUCUUCUAGCGAGAACGCGUCAAAGCGAGUUCUCGUGUCUGCUUCUUUUCUGGAAGUCUACAACGAGAAGGUGUAUGACUUGACAAACAGAAAUGUCGCACUCAGCGUCUCGGAAAGUCCCGACAAGGGAGUGGUAGUGGAAGGAGCUAACGAAGUCGCUUUGUCAGCAUACGAGCAUGCGAAGAAGCUGAUUCGACGGGCAUUCCGACUGAGGCAUAGUGACUCUAACAAUGUGAACUCAAGGUCCAGUCGUUCACAUCUCGUCAUAUUCUUUCACAUCUGCAUCGAGGAGGACAAGCAUAUGUACCUGAGAAGAAACUACUCUCGUUUGACCCUCGUAGACCUUGCAGGCAGUGAGCGAGGCAAAGUGACAGGUUUCAACAACAACUAUGGCCUGAAUGAAGCAAACCACAUCAACAAAUCCUUGUUGAACCUCGGGAAAGUGAUCACCUCUUUGGCAGAGAGCAGCAAUCAUGUACCAUACCGAUCCUCAAAAUUGACCUUCCUUCUCAAA